CGAAUUCUCCUAGAGGAAUGGGGGGGUUAAGCUUCUAACACCGCCCAUAUUCUCGACGUUAACCUCAAUAAACUCACACUUGAUGUUUCAUUUACACAUAUUAUGUAAUAUAUUUGUUUGUAUUGUGAGUAUUUAUGCCGGAGAUGUUGAUUAAACGAGGCAAUAGAUGUUCAUCUUUACACCGUCUCCCCCGCUUCUACGCUUCCACGCACCGCACAUGUAUUCCUAUGUGAGUGUGACUCCAGCGGGUUCAGAGUGUGGCUCUCCACUCAAAGGCGACUAUUCUCCGAAACUUAACUGAAGUCUUUCCAAACUCUGGAUUUCUUUCCCCCCCGCCUUUUGAAAAACGCACGGUGUGGAUUAAAACGUUUCUAAAAAGGGAAUAACUUGUUUUGCCGUCAAAAGAGUGGCUGACUGCAGCUCAGGUCCUCAUGCCCUGUCUCACGCGUGCUGCUUGGCCUGCCGAGCCCGAGGGAGCUGGUUUGUCUGUUCGGGGCUGCACCUGAAGAAGUUCUGCUGCGACUGGGUGUUGGUGGCGUAGGUGCUGGGCGGCGGUGGAGGAGGGUCGUCAGAGGGCCCGGAGCCCCCGAUAGCAGGCGAAGGAGCCUGUCCCGUUGCAGCCUUACUCGAAAGAUGAACAAACUGAACUUCCACAACAACAAAACCAUGCAGGACCGCCGCUGUGUCUGUGUCUUUUUGCCCAAUGAUGACACCCUUAACGUUAUUGUCAAUGUGAAGACUUUGUGCCAGGAACUGUUGGUCCAGGUGUGUGACCUCCUGAGACUGAAGGACUGCCACCUGUUUGGACUCAGCGUCAUCCAGAAUAAUGAACACAUCUAUAUGGAACUGGAUCAGAAACUGUCCAAGUACUGCCCUAAAGAAUGGAAAAGAGAAGCCAGCAAGGGCAUCGACCAGUUUGGACCUCCAAUGAUCAUCCACUUCAGAGCUCAGUAUUAUGUCGAGAAUGGGAGAUUGAUCAGUGACCGGGCGGCCAGGUACUACUACUACUGGCACCUGAGGAAACAGGUGCUGCUCUCUCAGUGCAUCCAGAGGGAAGAGGCCUACUUCCUCCUGGCGGCCUUCGCCCUGCAGGCCGACCUCGGCAACUUCAAACGCAACAAGCACUUUGGGAAGUACUUUGAACCCGAGGCCUACUUCCCCCCGUGGGUGAUAGCCAAGCGUGGCCGCGAAUACAUCCUGAGGCACAUCCCCAACAUGCACAAAGACCAGUUUGCUCUCACGGCCUCGGAGGCGCACCUCAAGUACAUCAAGGAGUGCGCCCAGCUCGACGACGUCACGGUCCACUACUACAGGCUCUACAAGGACAAAAAAGAAGUGGAAGCCUCUCUAACGCUGGGGCUGACCUUACGUGGCAUACAGAUAUUUCAGAACGUCGGCUCCGUGAGGCAACUGUUGUACGACUUCCCCUGGACCAAUGUGGGAAAACUGGUAUUUGUGGGGAAGAAGUUUGAGAUCCUUCCCGACGGCCUGCCCUCCGCCCGGAAGCUCAUCUACUACACGGGUUGCCCCGUGCGCUCUCGCCACCUCCUGCAGCUGCUCAGCAACAGCCACCGGCUCUACAUGAACCUGCAGCCUGUUCUCAAACAGGUCCGCCGACUCGAGGAGAACGAAGAGAAGAAGCAGUACCGCGAGUCGUACAUCAGCGACGCUCUGGAGCUGGACAUGGAUCACCUGGACAAGCGUUCCCGCGCCAGCGGCAGCAGCGCGGGCAGCAUGUCGCACCACAAACGGCUGUCGCGCCACUCCACGACCAGCCACGGCAGCUCGCACACCUCCGGCAUCGAGACGGACAGCUUCCGGGCGCCGGGUCAGGCCCCACACCGGCCUCUGCGGACCUGCAGCUCGUCCACGACCAGCCACGGGAGUUCGCACACCUCCGGCAUCGAGAGCAGCGGCAAGGAGCGCAUCCUAGACGACGACGAGAUCGAGAUGCUGGUGGACGACCCCAAAGACUACGAGGAGCUCCACGAGAUGGCUCUGGACCAGGAGCUGUGCAUCCACAUCACAGAGGACAUGCUGACCAUGUCUCCCGAUCAGACCAACGGAUACUCGGGACUGAUAGUGAAGGACGUCAGCUCGUCCACGUCCAGCUCCUCCGAGACCGUCGUCAAGAUGAGAGGACAAAGCAUCGAGUCCCUGCCACAGACAUCUGCGUGCAGGAAGCCCCAGUCCUCGACCGACCGCCACAGCCAAUCACUGGACGACGUCCGGCUCUACCAGAAGGACUGCCUGCAGUGGGCGGAGCUCUGCCAGGACACCGCCCACAGCUACACGUUCGGCUGCGCUCAGGAGCUGAGCGACGGCGGCGGCGGCAGCGUCGGCGGCGGCUGUGGCAACGGCGGAGGCGUCGGCGGCGGCUACCAGGGCCUGGCCGACCAGCGCGCCGGCAUGCUCGGAGAGCAGCACCCGUUUCCCAUCAAGAGAACCAACAAGUACUUCUCCCUGGACCUGACCAACGACGAGGUCCCCGAGUUCGUGGUGUGACGGAGGCAGAAACGAAGGCGAGCUCAGGGUGGAACCGGCUUCGCUCCUCCGUGUCAGAUGUGGGGACGUUUCAGGCCUCGGGGGGGAACGAGGGCGAGACGGGAGAGUUUCAGAGGUGGUUUCAGCGAGUGAACUGGCAACAAGGACCGCAGGCUGACCCCUCAUGUGCCACUACAGACAUAAAUAACCGAGCUGACACGGAGGAUUCUGGCUGCGAUUUUUAAGAAGGAACACUGGGCUCAAGAGAAGCUGUGUCUUUAAAAUAUAAACUGCUCUCCUGUGUCAAAAUAAACAAAAAGGGAUCUUUUCAUCGUUGAAUAAACUCCUCCAAACUGGUUUAAAGGUCGGCCAUAGAUACUAACUUUACAGAAAAAAAAAAAAAGAGUGACGAUAAGACGGAGGCUCGCAUGCACAGACACGACGAGCAACGUGUCGUACGAGAUCUUCUGGAGGACACAAAGGACGGACUGAGCUACAAACCAAAGAAAAGAGGUGGAAAUAAAGUGUUUUCUACGUCCGCAUCGCUCCCGCUGCGUGACAGAACAUUUCAGAGUCACGCCGCGAGGGAGGGAUGGACCCGUAAUCCUCUGCAAGAGAGCGGCUUCGUUUUACCUCAACAGGAAGUGCAGAGUGCCAACACCUUCUCUCUCUGGACUCGUAGUCACGUGAACACACACCCAACGUGCCUUCAUCACACUAUGCAGGUGUCGCCUUGACAAUCACACACCUUGUUCAACUUUAAAGAGCCAUCAGAAUUCAAUUCUCUGCUUUAUAUAUAUUUUUUUUUUUUUUUUUUUGUCCAACACAUUGUCUCCAGCAGGUCACGCUAGUUUUUCAGCAUUCAAACAUCAAAAAGAUCCGGAUUUCACGCCCGCUUUGUGUUCUGUUAAAAUCCGGCCCGAGCUCCGCGGCAGGAAUGAGGCCGAGUGAGUCCCUGCGUGUUCAGACUCGACGCUGGAGUUCGUGGCCACAAAAGUUUCUCUGUAAUCUCGACUCAAAAUGGAGCCCGGUUUGGUCGCCGGCCAGAACGAAAAAACGCACACAUGUCGACGCGCACACGUCCCACGUCUUCCUUCCACUCGUCAUCUGCUAUUUUAAACUGGAAAUCGUUUUUGUUUGUUUGUUUUUAAUUCCACCCACUGUCGUUGCGUUGAACUGUUAUUCAGUAUUACGAGCAAAUGUAGGUGACAGUAUUAAGGACCUGAGGCUCGAACAAGACAGACUGGUUUUUAUCGUUUUAAUUUCACAGUAAGAUUGAGGAGAAUCAGGAGGUAGUUGAGAGGACGUAACAGGAGCUGUUACUGAGUCACUAUAACAACACUACGAGAGGUGGGAACGAGGACAGGACGAGCAAAGUGUUUGAUUUGCCUUCUCAUUGUGUGACUUGUUUGUUUUUAAACCAUUUUUAACACUAAGACUGAGGUGAAAAAACCACAGAAAUGCAUUUUCAUUUACAUUUUUAAAAACAUUCAAGUAGGUCAAAUCACCUUUAAACAUUUUAUUUUAUUUAAAAAAAAAAAAAAAGAAAAAGAGAGAGACUGAAUUCUGCUGUUUUAUUAUAAUUAAGGGUCAUUUUGUGUAAUUUAUUCAGUGUUUUUUUGCCAAGACGAUAAAACCACUUGGACAUAAACAGCCGCAGCUCAACUUAGCAUAAAGGCAGGCAACAGUUAGCGUAGCUCCUCUAAAAGCUAACCCAGCGAACGUCUUAUUUUUAUUGUCUUUGGUAAAUUAACGUGUGAAUCCAUCAGCUUUGGACGUCCUCGCCGAUGGAAUUUGCCUGUUUCCAAUCUUCAUGCUAAGCUAACAAACUCCUAAAUCCUGGCAAUCAAUCAGUUUUUAAAAGAUACAAAAACUGAGUUGGUAAAUGCGGUUAAGCUCCAGCUACUCUUGAGCCGCGCUGUAUGACGUUGUUUUUUAAUCCGCAAAGCUGUUAGCAGCCCUUUAUUUUUCCAGUCGUCCCAGGUCGGAGUCAAGUAUUCCCAUGUCUUCUCAGCUGCAUUUUCAGUGUAAUGCGUAACAAACACACGGAUUUGACACUUCUUCUGUGUAACUAAGAGCAACUUCUAUGUGUCUUAUCAACUUAUAAUUACUCGUUAAAGUCAUGAUUUGAUGGUCGACGGUUUUUCUUGUGUUAAAAACAGCAUGUGUUAAGGUACAUAGCCAUACAAGUCAUAACCCGUGUCCUUAAAAGUGUUCAUGAUUUGUUCCUAAACUUACUUUUUCUGGCUAUAAAACAUAUAUGGUCGUACUUACACUUCGUAAGAGUCUGUAUGUCUGUGUGUCUUUAAUCCUUUCUGUGAAAGGAUCUCCCUGCGGGAAGAAAUGAUUUUUUUUUUUUUUUUUUGUCAACUUGUUGUUAAAAAAACGGAAAAAAAAGAAAGAAAAAAGAUUUGUUAUAAUGAAGUCUGGUUUGUGCCUUCUUGGUACUAAUGCCGUCAAUACCCCAAUAAAUAAUAGGUACAUUUAUCUAA